AUGUCUGGCACUAAGACUAAAUAAGAUGAAUUUAAAAGAUUUAUGCUUGAUUUCCUUUCAGGCGGGUUUGCAGGAGCUAUUGCAAAGACUGUUUCAGCUCCUAUGGAAAGAGUCAAGUUAUUGAUGUAAACAUAAACAGAAAACACCAAAUUAAAUAAGCAAUAUAAGGGAAUCAUUGAUUGUUUUGUAAGAUGUUUUAAGGAAGAAGGUCCUUUAUCUCUCUGGAGAGGUAAUGGCGUCAACAUUAUUAGAUACUUCCCCACCUAAGCCCUCAACUUUUCUUUUAAAGAAAGAUUUACUAAAUUAUGUAAUCCUUACAACCCUAAAACUGAGCCUAGAAAGUUCUUCUGGGGUUCUUUAUUAGCUGGUGGAAUGGCUGGUAGUGCAACUAUUUGCUUUGUCUAUCCUUUAGAUUUUGCUAGAACCAGACUUGGCGUAGAUAUUGGAAGAAAUAAAGAAGAAAGAUAAUUUAAAGGUAUCAAGGAUUGUCUAAUGAAGGUAUAUAAAUCAGAUGGUUUUGCUGGUUUAUAUAGAGGAUUCGGUAUUUGUUUGUUUGGUAUAUUUAUUUAUAGAGGACUUUAUUUUGGUACUUAUGAUGCUGGUAAAGCUAUUAUACUUAAAGACGAUUAUAAAAAUAAUCUAAUUUAUAAAUUCUUCUUUGCUUAAUGUGUUGUUAUUUAUAGUGAAACAAUUGCCUAUCCUACUGAUACUAUUAAAAGAAAAAUGAUGAUGCAGAGUGCUAGAGGUGAAAAAUUAUAUAAAAACUCUAUUGACUGUGCAAUACAAAUGUAUAAUAAGUAAGGAAUUAAAUCUUUCUUUGCAGGUAAUGCUUCAAAUAUUUUCCGUAGUUUUGGCUCUUCUAUUUGCUUGGUUCUUUAUGAUGAAAUCAGAAAUUAUUCCCUCAAAUUCUGA